CGGUUCGAGUUUUAGUUGUACCGUAGCUUUCGUACUGUAAGGUGGUACCGCUUCAAUUGGAAACCGUGUCAAAUUAAAGUACCUACCAGCAGAUUGAAUAUUAUUUGAAACAGAUUUUCAAAUUGUUGCGUGUGGUUUAUAAGAAAACUUUUAAGUGCAGAAAAAAGGUGGUACUGGAUUUUUGGUACCGUUUCGAUUUAUUGUAAACUAUAACCAGAAAUAAUCCAUUUCUGGUUAACCUUCGCUUUAUUUAUUUUUUUUUUUUUGUUGCUUUGGGCUAUUUUAUAUCGAUUGGAAAUACCUACAUCUAAAUAAUGAUAAACCAGUAACUGCAAAAAUGCUGCAUUAUGGGCUUUACGCUCCAAGUGAUCUUAGGUAUCCUAUUCCUAACUCAAAGCUUCGGUUACAAUCUGCGUGAAAUCAGAGAAGCGCCGCCUCCUACGCCGCCCCCGCAACCGAUCCAAAAUGCUACCGAAAUAAACAACCGAGACCUGAACAAAAUCGUCAAAGUGAAUCCAAAGACUGAAGCCCUAGACUCGAAAACUGUAUAUAAUUUCGAAGAUUUUCCCAUCAAAUUGGCCGAGAAAAAUGAAACUAAAGAAGGAGGGGUUCAUCAGAUCGAUAAAUUUUGGUCUACAGAUUUUCACAACAAAAACUAUGUUUUUACAUUUUCGCCAUCGUCCAGACAUCCUAGCUUUGAUAAUAACGCAGACCUCACUACACCAACUACAAAGUUGUUUGAUCAAAAAUUUAAAGAGAAUGUUGAAAGUGUAGAGCAAAAAUUAGAUGAAGUAGAACUAGAAAAUGAUGAGCAAGACAUUGAAGAGGAUGAUUUAAAUGUAGAUGAUUUAAUUAAUAAUAAGAAUUCAAGUUUAGAAUUUGAGAAAACAAAAACUAUUGUUAAUAAUGAAACUAUUGAGAAAAAUUCAAUACAUAAAGAUUUGAGUAUUGAACAAACCAAAAAAGUUAAUUUUGAAAAUUUAUAUAAUGAUACAAAGAUUUAUGAUAGUAAUGUUAUUACAAGUACUAGUACUACUAUGGUAACUCCAACAAGAAAAAGUUCCCUUAUGAAGGAAACUGUUAGCGAAAAUGUACUCAGCAAUAAUAUUGAAACUGAUUUUAUUAAUCCUAUUAAAAGUACUACAAUGAUUAUUCCACUUAAACUUGGCACCAAUGUCACCCAAAAAACCACUACAAUUAUGCCUGAAACAACUACAUUUUUAAAUAGCAUGAUGCAAUCUGAUGCUACUACAACUACUAUUAUACCUGAAACAACUACUACUACAGAGAUAAUUGAUACAACUAUUUUUGAGGAAAUUGGUUUGAGAACUUCAAAAAGCUUAGACAAAAAUGUUGCAACUAGUGAAACUACCACUAGUAGUAUUAGAAAUGAGCUAGACAGUACUACUUUGAAUAAUGGUAAACUGGCUUCAAAAAUUAAAGAAAUUGUUGAAACAACUACAAUGCAAGACUUAACAACUACAAUACAAGAUUUAACAACUACAAUGCAAGAUUUAACAACUACAACUACAAUGCAAGAAUUAACAACAACCACUGAAGAAGUGGAAAUUGUAACUACAACAGAAUUGCCAGUAACUGAAGCUGUAACCAUUAUUACUACUACUGAUAAACCUGUAAUCAUUACAACUACUACUGAUAAACCUAUAACCACUACAACUACUGAUAAACCUGUAACAAUUACUACUACAGAUGAACCAGUUAUUACAACAGAAUUUGCAUUUGUCCAUAUUAAAAGCACCGACAACAAUCAUACAACGUUACAACCAGAAAUUUUAAGCUCAAAUUUAAAUUAUUCUACUUCCAAAAAGCCUGAUGAGAUUCGGAAAGUUGUAGUUGAUGAUGUCACCACUUCUAGUUCUACAACAGUUUCAACUACUUCUACUGUAGCUGCUAAUAUAACAACGCCUACAAUAUUAGAAGAAGUGUCUGAAACUGGAACUGAAAGCUACACUAAAGAUGGAGCCGAGAAUCAUAGCGGUAGCAACAAAGGAGUUAUAGCUGCCAUAGCUAUUUCUUCAGUUGGAGCUGUUUGCUUGGUUUUAUUAGCUGGAUUAUUGUAUGUAAUGAAGAAGCGCCAAAAACGUCUCAACUAUGGUCCAAGAUGCAGGCCUGUAAGCUUGGACGAUUACAGUAUCGACAAUUUGUCGGUUUAUAAUAGUGUCAGACGAAAAGGUGGGGCUAGGAUGUCAAAGAGGUCGUUUGGGAAUCCUGCUUUUGAAGAUCCAGUUGCUCCAACUCAUCCUCUAAACUUCCAAGCCUUGUCACGAUUCGCCACAAACCUCGAAGACAUAAAAGCCGAAUUCGAAGAAGUGCCUCAAAUAACCGCCCGUACCUCAGAACUACCAGAAGGUUGCGAUACCAAAAACCGCUACGCCAACGUGAUACCUCUACCAGAAACCAGAGUCUAUUUGAAUCCAAUAGAUGGCUAUCCAAACAGCGAUUACAUAAAUGCCAACUAUGUAACAGGCCCCAAAGACAGCAGGGGCUACUAUAUAGCUACACAAGGCCCAAUGCAAAACACCGUAGACGACUUUUGGAGAAUGAUAUGGGAACAACAAUGUAAAGUUGUCCUAAUGCUCACCCAUUUGGUUGAAAACGGUUUGGAAAAGUGCGCCGAUUACUUACCCGAAUCUGAAGUUCUAGAAUGCAGCCGGAUGUUUGGCGAUUUCCAAAUCACCCUGAAAAAGCGCGAAGUCAAAGAAAAAUACAUUAUUUCAAGUUUGCAAUUGAAAAACAUGGUUUCCAAUAGUUGGAGGGAGAUUACCCAUUUCUGGUACUUGGGUUGGCCGGAAAAAGGAGUUCCCAGUGAAGUUAAUUCUUUAAUAGCUUUCUUAAUUGAAGCUAGGAGUUAUAUGAAAACAGCAACAAUUGACAAGAGAGACACAAUGAAUGGUAUCCAUAAUAACUUGGAGCACAAUCCAGUUGUAGUACAUUGUAGUCCUGGAACAGGUAGGACGGGGGUUGCAAUCGCUUGCGACAUCGCCAUAAGAGAAUUUGAAACUACACGAUUGGUGGAUAUUCCAAAAAUUGUUUAUAGGAUAAGACGAGAUCGGGCCAAUGCUAUCCAAACCAAGGAGCAAUACAUGUUUAUUUAUAAAGUUGUCAGUUUGUAUGCAACAAAACUAACAGGAGGAGGAUUGGAGGGUGUUUAGAUUAUAUAAGCAAAUCAUUAUAAUGAGAGAUUCGAUAAAUGUGAUAUGUGUAUUUUUAUAGAGAAUAUUUUAUUAAUGUGUAUAUUUUUGCUGUGUAUUUUGUUGUAGAAAUUUAGUCUUAGAGAUUGCAAUAAUUCAUAGUUGUAAAUAAAAAUAAGAUUCAUUAAAUCAUAAGUAUUAUUUUCUAACAAAUUCAUUCCAUCAAGAAAUUUCCUUCGCAAGAUGUUUUCAUAAGACUCAUCAUUAUCAUCUGACCAAUAGGGGCUCUAUAUAAAACCAAAUAAAUCUACAAUAAUCUAUUUAAGGUAAAAACAAUAAAAUAAGUAUGUCAGAAAUACAAGUUAUUCUUAAUAAAAUUAAUACAUUUUGGUCCUAAUUUAGCAAGUAAACAAAAUUUGCCAGAAGAAAAUUCAGAGCCAGCUCUAAAUCAUUAUUACUUAUCACAUUUAUACAAUCGGAAAAAAUUCUAAAAUCUAUAUAAUACUGCUAAGUAAGAAUAUAAUUAAAAACAAUAAUUUACGAAUAAUAAGUAAGCACAGAUUGCUGAUUGCCUCUUACCAACAAGGAAGGAGGCAUAUCUUUGGUAAGUAUUUCCAGCCAAGACAUGUAAAGGGGUGCGGAAAUGUUACCUUUUCUCGGC